GUUCUUGCUGCAUCGGCGCAUGGGAUGAGGCAUAGACCAAUGAAGGGGCAGGUGUCCGGCGCAUGGCCUCAAGAAAAUGUGGAAAAGGUGUGCUGCGUUGAUGAUCUACGGCUCAACGAAUCCACAAGCUGAGGCUGUCGUACUGUCCGAGCAGGCAUGGUAUUGCAUGGCUGGGCACAAGCAAGCGAGUAGCUCACGUGAUCGUCGACGGGCGCUGCAAGAAGGUGCCGAUACAUGCUGGAGUGCGUUUCUCGGCCAGGGGCUUAGCAGUGGUCGUGCCCAUUCAUCGCCUGCUUGAGUGCAGUUUCCAGGCGUCCCAAGUAAACUGCUGCGCGUGACUGGCCCCAUAGAUGGCACGAUGGUGUGAGCUCCUUGGCAAUGUCGUGAACAUCAAAGAUAUGGUCGCGCUGCGUGAGUCCCGCCCAAAUGGCCUCGACGACGUCCUCGGGCAGCUUGUAGGUAGUGGCCACACUUACCUGGUGUCCCAGGAGCAGGAAGGCCUGUGCAAGCCUGGGAAGCGGCGCCGCUUCUACCUUGUCCUCGUCGUAAGACGUCUCAGGGAAGCGCUCAGCAGCAGGCAGCGUGCAAGCGUUCUCCGCCUCAGCUUCAGUAGCGUAGACACCGUGUCCUUUAACAUCACGUCGACCGUGGGCUGCAGCACCAAAGAACACCACGCGCGUCUGGCAUCUAUAACGUUGUCCGCGCCCGCUCCGGUCGCAUCGGGGUACUUGCCGAUGUAAAUCGCCGGCUCGUGCGGCACGGACUCGAUUUCGCCUGGCAUCGCGUCGCAGUUGGGCGGAAGGGUGUGAAGGCCCAGGGCAAGGCCCAGGGCCCAGCACAGCACCUCAGUGAAAAGAGAGCGGCGCUUCAUCCUGUAUUGGUUCGCUUGCGCACAGGAGAGCGCCACUCGCCGGCAGGCCCGGCGCCCGAGACGUCCGGCUGCUCCAAAUUUUUUCUCGGUGCGCGGGCCACAGAAGUCUGGACCACUUCCCCGGGACCGGUGCUCCGUCGUCGUCGUCGUCGUCGUCGACGACGAGGACGACGACGACGACGACGACGACGACGACCACUGACGGUCCCAGAGCCCAGCGAAGGCCCCUCGGAGGCCGGAAACGGCCCCAAACUGCCCGCUCCAAGUGUUGCUGGAACACCGGAUCUCUGGGGGUCGAGGUGCAUCAGGUUGUGCAGCGGGUCGAUCACGGUCUCCAGCGGGCGGCCCGUGGUUCGGGUUCUGCCGCCACGUCAGCUUGGCCGCCCGCGAGCACGGCGGCACGCGCGCCGCGGCCACGAGUGCCCCCCCCGUCUCCUCGGGGGCGAGGGCGGGUGAGCGUGGCGCCGACUACCCUGAGCUCGCGCUGGCUGAGC